AGCCGGAGAAGGAGGAACGGGACGGGGACCGAGAGGGAGCGAUGGAGCCGGAGUAGGAGGAACGGGACGGGGACCGAGAGGGAGCGAUGGAGCCGGAGAAGGAGGAACGGGACGGGGACCGAGAGGGAGCGAUGGAGCCGGAGAAGGAGGAACGGGACGGGGACCGAGAGGGAGCGAUGGAGCCGGAGAAGGAGGAACGGGACGGGGACCGAGAGGGAGCGAUGGAGCCGGAGAAGGAGGAACGGGACGGGGACCGAGAGGGAGCGAUGGAGCCGGAGAAGGAGGAACGGGACGGGGACCGAGAGGGAGCGAUGGAGCCGGAGAAGGAGGAACGGGACGGGGACCGAGAGGGAGCGAUGGAGCCGGAGAAGGAGGAACGGGACGGGGACCGAGAGGGAGCGAUGGAGCCGGAGAAGGAGGAACGGGACGGGGACCGAGAGGGAGCGAUGGAGCCGGAGAAGGAGGAACGGGACGGGGACCAAGAGGGAGCGAUGGAGCCGGAGAAGGAGGAACGGGACGGGGACCGAGAGGGAGCGAUGGAGCCGGAGGAGGAGGAAAGGGACGGGGACCGAGAGAGAGCGAUGGAGCCAGACAAGGAGGAAUGGGACGGGGACCAAGAGGGAGCGAUGGAGCAGGAGAAGGAGGAACGGGACGGGGACCGAGAGGGAGCGAUGGAGCCAGACAAGGAGGAACGGGACGGGAACCGAGAGGGAGCGAUGGAGCCGGACAAGGAGGAACGGGACGGGGACCGAGAGGGAGCGAUGGAGCCGGAGAAGGAGGAACGGGACGGGGACCGAGAGGGAGCGAUGGAGCCGGACAAGGAGGAACGGGACGGGGACCGAGAGGGAGCGAUGGAGCCGGAGAAGGAGGAACGGGACGGGGACCGAGAGGGAGCGAUGGAGCCGGAGAAGGAGGAACGGGACGGGGACCGAGAGGGAGCGAUGGAGCCGGAGAAGGAGGAACGGGACGGGGACCGAGAGGGAGCGAUGGAGCCGGAGAAGGAGGAAAGGGACUGGGACCGAGAGAGAGCAAUGGAGCCAGAGAAGAGGGGAAGGCGACGGAGCCAGAGAAGGAGGAAUGGGACUGGGACCGAGAGAGAGCAAUGGAGCCAGAGAAGAGGGGUAGGGGAGGGAGCAGGAGAAGGAGGGAAGGGGACAUGGACUAACAGAGAGUGA